CAAUAAUAGGAUGUGCCUCAUUAUGUAUUAUAAUGCAAAUGUCAACCAUCGGGGUCAAGUUGCGUCCACUAUACACAUCCCGUGUAUAACUUCGUCUGCACAAUAUUUACAUCUGAUUUAGGAGACAUCUUUCAUUAGUGGCUAUUACAGUAAGCUGUUGCUGUACCACCAUAUAAUAAGAAUAUAACACUCCUGAGGCUGCAUUUCAUUCAUACAAGCACCCGGCCACAUAAUAGUUGUCUCUAACGUUAUUACGUUAUUCACCAAGGAUAUGAAAUAUUCUAACACGACCAGCAAAUAACCUACAUACAUGUAGAGCAAAAUCUAUCUCUGGUUUUUCUGCAAUAAACCACUCGCGUGCAAUGACGUCAUCCGAUCCAGGAUCAAAUUAUGGUUAUACUACAUGGUGUGGUGCAUAAACUGAAUCAUACAUCUGUUGUCAUAAGCUAUGGCAGAAUUAUUUCCAACAAUCGAAAGCAAUGGUUUCCAAAACUGGCUAAAAGCUGCCCUGGCACUCUUGUUUGCAAAACAAGGUUUGCAAGGCUUCGUAUGUGAGGAAGUGACACAAUUUCAAAACGACCUGCUACUAGCCAUAUUUGCAGAGAAGUCUUUACCUUCUGGAACAAUUUGCAACGAGUGCACCACUGAAAAUGUUCUCCCCUGUCCAACACCAAACUUCUGCCCGACAGGAAGAUGUAAGUUACAUGAUCACAACAAGUCAGACAAAAAGCCUUACCGACAAUGUCGAAGCAGUAUAUGCCAGGAGAUACAGAAGGUUAUCCAACGAGAACACAGGUAUAAUAAACCAUCCUGGAAAAACACAAACGCUACUAAAUGGUGCACUGAUGCUUUCGAUAUAGCUAAGUGUUACAUGCCUCCAGACGGCUAUGCAGCCGUUGCCACUCUAGAAUACACAGAUUUCAGUGGUACGCUGGCAGUUAUUAUCAAUAAUAAGCGAUUCCAAAACAAAAUGGCAGCAAAACUCCAUCAACAGAACAAUAUCUGCAUUCAGGCACGUGAAGUGGGUCGGAAGAUACGACAUUCAGCGGAUUUUGCUGUCUCGGACCCGGAACUGAUAAAGUAUAUAGAGACACUGAUAAACCUUUUGUCGGAUACCAAACACCUUGCUGUUGACCAGAAGGCACGAGAGGCAGUGGAUAAGCUAAAACUGUUAAAAUCCAAAGCUCUGACAGUUACCACCUCAGACAUAACAACAGUUUUGGACGACGCAUUAAAAGCUAUCGUAGCAAAGCAAUGUGAUGAUGCGUUACAAGAUGUCAGGGCAGAGAAGGACAAAGCCCAGGCAGAGAUUGAUGAGAAAAUGGGGGCAUUAGUUAAACUGUUAGAAGGCGUCAAAGCUUCAAUAGCCAACAUGCCAACAGUAGCAACUUCAAGUUUAGACGAGAUUAUUGCGACGAAAGUGUCUGCUCUGAAUGAACUCAACAGAGCCACUGAGUCAAGUCUAGCAACAUUAGAAACUAAAGGAAAACAGAUCCAAGAAGAACUCAGAAAGGAAUUUGGCAUUCAGCGACAGACUCGGUCCUUAUACUUGACAGACCAAAAAGAAUUAGAAACAUGCAUGAGGGAUGAUCUAAUCGAAUUCUACCGAAAGUAUCACAACACUAUUCUAGUUGCACCCCUGGUAGAAGAGCUUGAUGUGCCACUUUGCGAGUUUUAUGUGCAACCUCCACUUACUUCACUUAAUGUACGGAAAAUGUAUGGUAUAUCUAAGCAACAUACAAAAACGCCCGUUAACUCCUAUCAUGACCUAUUUUUUCAUGGAGACGAUAAUAUAUACCAGCACAUUUUUGUAAAAGCAAAUGCCGGAGUUGGAAAAACAUCAUUUGCCAAGAGAAUUUGUAUGACUUGGUGCCAAGCCCAUAAUCCAGUUGAAUCGUUAAAAACGAAGUUCAAGCAAGAAGAUGUGGAUGCACUGAGAAAAUAUGAUUUAUUAUUUCUCCUAUCGCUGCGGAACCAAGAUCCUUCUGAAUGUGAUAUUGAUAACAUGAUUUGCAGCGGCGUUUUACGUGAACUAGCAAAAAGCUCAAGUUAUACUAUGCAUGCUCUGCAGGAUGUGUUGUGCACCUCUACGUGUUUAGUAGUUCUAGAUGGGUUGGAUGAAUGGUCCCAUCCUGCAAACUGUACACGAGGUCGUCCAGAUGACCUACCACAUAUUCCAGCUCGAAAGCAAUGUUCGGUAUUGAUGACUACACGACCUUGGAAACUGGAUGUAGCUAAUCCGAGGAUGAGUCAAAUUGACAAAAUAGUAGAAAUUAACGAACUAGACACUUCAUUGUCGGAACAGCUUAUUACAAAUGCAAUAACAGUCUUGAAUAACCAAGCUGUUACGAACCAGUCAAAAACUACUGAGGAGUUUCAGAAAGCGACAUCAACUCUGAAACUCGAUACCAUGAGAUAUAUCCCUUACAUCCUCUUGCAAAUGGUCUGUUUGUAGUUUGAUGGAAAGUCCAUUGGAAACUCGAAAUGUGAGAUAUACGGUAAUAUGAUAAAACUCACGUUGUCUCGGUGGUUACAGAAAAAGGAGCUGCCUCCAUUGAAAAGACAAGACCUGUCAAACCCAAUUACGAUUCCAUCUUGUCUGCUCUCUUACACACGACCUCACAGUGAGGUUAUGCUAGGUCUGGCUAAACUGGCAUUUGAAACACUUUUUAGUUUGAAUAUAGAAUCAAGACUUAUAUUUGAACAGUCAGUAGUACUUGAUAACAUGGAAGAGAAUACUCUUGCCCGCUGCUUGGAAAUGGGUUUCUUGUCACGAAAUAAAGACUAUGAAUCGGUUUCUAGCAAGCGUUCGAACUUUUCUUAUCAGCACAAAUCUAUCCAAGAAUUUUUCGCUGCUCUUCAUAUCCAGUCCUGUUCUGAAAAGCAAAACAUUCGAAAGAACAUACUUCAAGUUUGUAGAACAUUGCCAACUAUAUUGGACAUGUCAAAUGUCUUUAUAUUUCUGGGGGGAUUUAGUCCUGUCACGUGUUGGGAGAUUUUGCAGAUACUAUAUUGCACUAUAGAAAGUGACGAAACAACACGCGAGUUCAGGGGCAGUAUCCAGUCGCAAAUUUGGCCUUUUGCAAAAUAUCAUAAAAAUGUUGAAUUCAUAAUGGCGAGGUUUCAGAAUAUGCUGAUAGAUAUAUCACAAGAAAUCAAAGACGGCUGUGUUCCAUUUGGUGUAGACGACAUUUUCAUAAAUGAGCAUUACGAUGAAAGAAGCCUUAUCCUUCUAAAAUCACUCGUAGACAAUAGUAGAGACAACAUUAAAUCACUGAGUAUAGAACGACAUGAAUCAGCAGAGCAGUUAACAAAAAUCCUAGAGACCCUCGGUUUGCAGAACGUAAAGUCUCUACAUAAACUAGUCAUUGAAGCUUCACUUAAAGAGGGAGAUCUUAACCAGCUGCUGUCCGGAUCUGAUCACACUUUGACAGGUCUAAUUCUGCAACGCAAACGUCUGAAUGAUGACAAAUAUUUGCCAGUGUCCCCAGAAAGUACUGCCAUAAUCAAUAAUAUGGAUAAUUUAAAAUCACUGAGUUUAAAAACUGUUUGUUUGACUCACUCUGACAUAAAAAUAUUAUUUGAACAUCUUGGUAAAACAUCAACAAUGGUAGAGAUCGCACUUGGAAAUAUCUUGUGUAAAGAUCAUAGGAACGAGUGUACAGGACAUUGCAUAAAUCUAUCUCAGCAUCAGAAAUUGAAGCUGUUGAAACUAGAAACGGUACCUGUGUCAGAACUGCGUGUUUAUUCAUUUUCACUGGAGACUUGUUUGCUAGGAAAUCUACCACAGGCUGUACACUCAGCUGCUGCCAGGUGUCUUAUUGAAGCUUCAAACCUUUGUGCAUUGCGUAUCUAUGGUGCCAUGUGGCAAUCCAGUAUGCAAGAAAUACUGCCGACGUGGGUGCACCUGAAGUCAUUAUUUAUCAUGCAUCUCGACCUAGGCGACGAAGCAUUUAUACUGCCGUGUGAAAUGCUCAACAUAGAAGAAGUCCGCUUCUCCUGUAUAACAAUGAGUGAACGGGCACUGAGACGUCUCAUCCAAAGCAUAGAUGAUUUACCACAACCAGUCACAUUUAAGUUACAUAAGUGUAAUGUGACACCAUUACAUGAGCACAAUCAAAUAAAGGACGAAAUCAGAUUAUCCUCAAAAUACCAAAUACUAGCAGAUGAAGAUGAUUACUAUAAAUACAUUACACUGAAAUAAUCUGUGCAUAUGAUAGG